UUCCAGGUCCCUCUAAAAUUGGUUGACAGCCAAUACGUGUUAGCUUAGGUAGGAAAUUUCCACAAAAGGAGGAUUAUUUAUAUGUAGAGAUAGCCGCCUUGUAUAUGUUAAUACUUGAUGAUGGAUUCACCUUAUCAAAGCAAGGGUACGUUCCUAAAUAAAAUCAUGAUCAUCAGCAAGCUCAUGAAUCCAUUUUUCCGAUCAGAAUUUUGUGUUAUAGUUAUAGUCCUUUGUCUAUCGAGUUACGGUGUUUGUCUCGAAACACGCACCCUUACGCCCAGUACCGUCCUCAGAGAUUCGGACACCUUUGUUUCUCAAGGCAAGAUCUUCAGUUUGGGAUUCUUCAGCCCCAAUGGAACCACCAGACGCUACAUGGGAAUAUGGUAUUAUGUAUCCAAGGUGUCCGUCGUAUGGGUUGCCAAUCGAGAUCGGCCUCUCAAUGAUUCUUCCGGGACUAUAACGAUAUCCACGGAUGGUAACAUCGUACUACUGAACGGAAACAAUGAGACUGUUUGGUCCACAAAUGCUACAACUUCCACAAGAAAUACAUCUGCCCAGUUAACAGAUAAUGGAAACCUUAUUCUCCUCGAUCAGUCGAAUAAUGUCUCAUUAUGGCAAAGUCACGAGCAUCCAACAAGCUCUUUUCUGCCUACGUUGAGAUUAAGUCACAACACAAAUACAGGUGAGAAGGUAAGGCUAAAUUCUUGGAGAACUUCUCAGGAUCCAAAUUAUGGAAAUUAUUUCGUAGGACUUCAUGUUUCUAUAGGCAUUCCACAACUUUUUUCAUGGAAUCAAGAUCGACCAUUCUGGCGGAGUGGUCCUUGGAACGGUCGGGUUUUUACUGGAGUAAUGAGUAUGUACUCAGUGUACGUUGAUGGAUUCAGUAUGGUAAAUGAAGGUGGAACAUACUAUUUUACUCGAAGUUUUCGUCAAAAUUUAAUAGUCAAGGAUAUUUUAAAUCCAGAUGGAAUUCUAACGGAGGAAAUAUGGAAUAAUCAGACGGGUCAUUGGGAUAGAUCGUAUAAGGGUCCGGAUGUCGACUGUGAUGUAUAUAACAACUGCGGUCCAUUUGCGUUCUGUAACCAAUAUAAUUCACCAAUAUGUCAAUGUUUAAGAGGGUAUGAACCAUUGAACAAGCAGCAAUGGGAUGGAGGGAAUUGGACUGGUGGAUGCAAGAGGAAGACGCCAUUACAGUGCGAAAGAAGUAACAAUGCGACCGAUAAAAGCAAAGAGGACGUAUUCUCACAGUUAAGGAUGGUAAAAGUGCCAGACUUAAUUCAGUGGUCACCUGGUCUUGAAAACGAGUGCAGAAGUCUGUGCUUAAGGAAUUGUUCCUGUAUAGCCUAUUCUUAUGACACUGAUAUAGGUUGUAUGCACUGGAGUGAGACCUUAAUUGACAUUCAACAAUACCAGGCUGAUGCAGGUUUAGAACUCUACAUCCGUGUACCCUACUCAGAGCGAGAUAAGGAGAAAGACAAAAAAGUGAUUAUCAUAGUUUUGGUGAUAAUCAGUUUGGUGGUUAUAUCUAUUUGCUUAUUUUUCUCUUGGAGGUGGAUGUCUAAGAGAAAAAGGAAAAAUGUAAUUGAACAACAAGAAGCAGGGGAAACAAACUUGUUGAAUUCAACCCCUAUCGUGCUUAGAAAUCCCGAAGACAAUGUCAAUAUUGAAGAGUUACCGUUAUACAGUAUUGAGAAACUUGUAAAUGCAACAAACAAUUUUCACACAGCGAAUAAGCUUGGUGAGGGUGGUUUUGGUCCUGUUUAUAAGGGAGAGUUGGCAAACAGAAAAGAAAUUGCAGUAAAGAGGCUUUCAACAGUGUCGGGGCAAGGAAUGGAAGAAUUUAAGAAUGAAGUUGCUGUGAUCUCUAAACUCCAACAUCGAAACCUUGUUCGACUAUUGGGAUGUUGUGUGGAGAGAUAUGAAAAAAUGUUGAUCUAUGAAUAUAUGCAAAACAGAAGCUUGGAUGUCUUUCUCUUUGAUCAAACACAAAUGGUUCUCGAUUGGACGAAACGAUUCAAUAUUGUUGAAGGUGUUGGCCGAGGACUCCUUUAUCUACAUAGGGAUUCCAGGUUGAGGAUAAUCCACCGAGAUUUGAAGCCAAGUAACAUAUUGCUUGAUAAGGAGUGGAAUCCCAAAAUUUCGGACUUCGGAAUGGCACGAAUAUUUGGAGGCGAUCAAAAUCAAGCCAACACUAGAAGAGUUGUAGGAACAUAUGGAUACAUGGCCCCAGAAUAUGCAUUAAGCGGCAGAUUUUCAGAAAAAUCGGAUGUUUUCAGUUUUGGAGUUCUAGUAUUGGAGAUCAUUAGCGGGAGAAGGAACUCAAGCUUCUACAAUGAAGAGCUAUCUUUAACCCUUUCUGGAUAUGCAUGGAAAUUAUGGAGUGAGGACAAAUCCGUGGAACUCAUAGAUAAAAGAAUAUCAAAUCCAAGUUUCAAUGCAGAAAUCACGAGAUGCAUGCACAUUGCGUUGUUGUGUGUCCAAGAAUCUCCGUUAAAUAGGCCAAGUAUAUCAACCGUUCUCUUAAUGCUCAAUACUGAAAUUGUUGAUCUUCCAUUGCCAAAGGAACCUUUAUUUACGGAUAGGUGGAAUCAUCCCCAUUUAGGAUCUUCUUCAAGCCAAACAAGCUCUGCCAACAAAAUUUCUUUCACAAUUCUUGAUGGCAGAUGAGAUGAGUAUUCUCAGAAUCAAUCCUCUGAUUAUCUAUAUUCCAUUGGCUGAUAGAUUUAGAAGUAAAUUUUGGCCAACCUAUUUUGCAUAUAUUCUUUUACUGUAUAUACAGAUUACAUCGUUGUGUAAACUACAACUUCACACAGUUGUUUUGUGUGAAGAAGAUACAUCUUUUCUUCUUAUAUAUGUUAGCUUCUUGCAUUCCGUCAAUCUUGAUAAAUUUUAAGCUAUUUACCAUUUAUCAGAUAUUAGAUAAUCAGAAACAAGAUUGAAUCCUCCCAGACGACUGCAAGAAUGGACAAACAGUUUUGCAGAAUUUUUUCAUUUCAUAAGUAAGAGAGAGAAGGUUAAAUAAUUAGGCACAUGAAAAUUGGGAAUUUUAUUUUUCAAUGACAUUGAAGACUUUUUGAGCAGAAGUUUGACUCUCAAUAUCACUGCAAAAAAUGGGGCAAAAAAGUAGCAUUUUUAGAAGAAAGAUAAGUUGGUACUAACUAUUUUGGCGGAAAGGUUCAAACCCACUAAUCAUGUUUGAGCAAACUUUUUUGGGUAAAUUCAUCCGCGGCAACUAUAUUUUUACUUCACUGUCAAUACUGUACUUAAUUUUAUUCAGUCAGAUAGCUAUAGUCAAAGUCCAAUAGAACUUCUGCAAUCUGGGAUUUCAUUCCUUCUGCCAGUGGGCCAAAUCGGUCGAUACGUUUACCGUGAGAGGACCUCUAACACAAACAGAGGUAAGCCUUUUUAACCCAAUGAUAUAUAUAUUCUUUUACAAUUAAUUAAUGCAUUAAUGGUUUGUUUAUUCACUCACUGCUACUUGUUUGCUAAAUUGUUUCCAGUUUUCCACUGCUAUUAAGAUUUUGACAGAUGAUUCACCAUACAAAGUGCCAGGUGUUCGUGAUUUCUACAACUUGAAUUAGUAAAUAGCGUUCGGAUUGUUUACGAGCCUUUUUCUUUGAUAAAAAUAAGCUGCAUAGGGUUAUCUAUUUAGGAAAUAAGACUUUACUGCUUUCCUUUUUAUUUUCUUAUUUCAUUAUUCUGCUUGUAUUAGCUCUUCUAUUCUUGUAAUAAUGCCGUUGCUUAAACAAAGAUCUAAUCCCUUAUAUGAACA